UUCGAGAGGUCAACGUCUCAACGUCUCGCUCGCCGGGACUCGCUCUUAAAGCCACGGCCUUUCCAGUCUUCCCAUACCUCCUCACUGUAGUCCUCCUACACAGCCCUCCUCUCCACUCUCCACGCAAACCAGACACCACCCAGAAAUUAACUCCACCAUUCCCCAUGAGCUCCGAGGCUGAAUGCCCAGCUCCGGAAGCAGCCGCCACCGCCAUCGACGGCGGGAGGGCGGAGAUCGACACGUCAGCGCCGUUCGAGUCUGUGCAGGAGGCCGUCGACCGCUUCGGCGGCAGCGCCGCCUGGAGCUCCGACCUCGUCAGGCGCAUGUUCAGGCCUUCAAAGAAACAUGAACACUCUAAAGAAACUGAAGAAGCUAUCAACGUAGAGGAGCAGGCUGCGCAGCUGGAAAAUGAGCUAGCCGUCAAAGAGAGGGAGACGCUUGAUGUGUUGAAGGAACUGGAGUCAACCAAGAAAAUAAUAGCAGACCUAAAACUGAAGAUACACAAAGGAACUACUGAAACAUCUCCUGAAGCUGUGAAGUCUGAUGAAAUUAAUCGAGUUUCUGUGGCAGGACCUGAAGAGCAGCAACCUGAAAACAUCAACAAGGAUGUGGAUAUGGAAGGCUCGGAAGAAAAUCCGCAGCAGCCUUCAGGUUCAGUUUUGGUGGAACUUGAGCAGGCAAAAGCAAGCCUAAACAGAACUACAAGUGAUCUGGCUGCAGUGCGGGCCGCAGUUGAUUUACUGCGUAAUAGCAUAGCGAAAGAGAAAAUGUUGCUCGAGAGAGGCCGAGAAAAGCUUUCGGCUAAUACUUCCUUGAUUACCUCUUUGGAGGAUGAGCUGGAUCAGACGGCACAAAAGUUGGAAACUCUGAAGGAUCUGCAGAGGAGACGCAAAGACCCCUCGGACAUUUUUAUUGAGAUCAAGAAAAUGACGUCUGAGGUACAACAGCUCAGGAGCAUGGCAAAUGAUUCAAAAUCUGAAGCGAUGGUGUUGGCUGCAGAUAUUGAGCAAGCAAAGGCUAGCAUUAGCACAGCUGAGGUCAGGUGCAUUGCAGCAAAAAAGAUGGAAGAAGCCGCUAAAGCAGCAGAAGCUCUUGCACUUGCUGAGAUCAAAGCUCUACUGAGUAGUGAAAGUUCUUUUGAAGGAAACACCACUUCUGAUGGAGUGACUCUCUCGGUGGAGGAUUAUUUCACACUGUAUUCCAAAACUUGUGAAGCUGAUGAAAACUCCAGGAAGAAAGUAGAAGAUGCCAUGCUUCAGGUAGAUAUGGCUAACAGUUCAGAGUCCGAGUUGGUUAAGAGGCUUGAGGAUGCCAAAGUAAAGGUUGAGGACUGCAAGAAGGCACUACAAGAGGCCCUAAAGAGGGUAGAAGCUGCAAACCAUGGGAAGCUUGCAGUUGAAGAGAUUCUUCGUAGGUGGAAAUCGGGGAAUGGACACAGAAAGCGGUCUAUUGGCGGCUCUCCAAAGUUCAAAAAUGCAGCUCACCAUCGUAAAGAUUUGCACGCCAUGGAUAUCAUUGCUGAUGUUUCAGAUAGAUCCUUCAAGCCAACUUUGUCAAUUGGGCAGAUACUGAGUAUGAAGUUAAUGGGACCUGAUGGGUAUGACAAAAGUGUCUGGGACGACAAAACAUGCGAGAUGCCAAACAUCUCACUUGGUCAGAUUCUGAACAGAAGUGGUGUUUUGUGUAGAGAAGAUAUGGCUGCUCGCAAAAGAAUUUCAGGAAAGAGGAAGAAAUUCGCAUUGACAGGACUUUCAGUUCUCUUGACAAAGCAAUCUAAGAGCAAGAAGAAGAGAGAAUCCUUUUGAACUUACAUAAAUUGUCCCAAAAAGAUCAUUGUAGUGUUGUAUUUUGUAGUAUUUAUCACUAGCUAUUUAUCAAGCCAUUUUAUCUGAGGUUGUGUAGUACCGUUUUAGGUUGUCCCCUAUUAAAUGUAACCGGUAGCAAUUUUUUGCUGCUAAUAAGAGUAGAGUUUAACAGUUCUCUGCACUGUAUGAUGUUGAAAUUUAUAUAACUGGACCUAUUAAAUGUAACCGGUAGCAAUUUUUGCUGCUAAUAAGAGUAUAGUUUAACAGUUCUCUGCGCUGUAUGCU